AAUGCAAAAGAGCUAUAGAACCGCAGCCGACCUUCAACCCCGUUUGUUUAUGUCGUGAUGGUUUGUAAUUUAACCACGAAAAUAUGUUGAUGUUCACUAUGUCCAUUGCAUUGAUAAACAAAAUUCUACGACUGAUAGAUUAUUUUUAACUUUGAUGAAGAUCUAGAAAGUUGAAGAACAAAGAAUAAAAAUUGAAAAAAAAAAUGUCUUCAGAAGGUGCCAGACUUCGGCGCCCAGAAAAGAAAUACUCUGACACCUCAAAGAAUUCUAAUGAAGUAACAGAAGAAGAUGCUGUAAAGCAAGCAUCUCAGGGCUGGAUUUAUCGCUUUUUUCAAGCUUUGAUUCUGACCAUAGUAAUACCUAUUGUUGCAUUAAUUGUUUUUCCUUCGCCAAUAUCACCUGUUGAGAUCACUGGUCUACCUGAACCUCCUGAGUUCACUGGAGCUUUGACAGUCAAUGAUUUGUUAAGCAAUGCAGAACAAAUCUAUCGUGGUCAAGUUAGUGGUCCUGAAUCGAUUGUUGUUGAUGGAGACCAUAUUUACACUGGAACAGCUGAUGGCUGGGUCAAUGAUAUUCAUCAGGGAACUGUGAAAAAACUGGUCAGAUUUGGGAGUGAGCCUUGUGGAGGCAUUGAAAAUGAAAACACGUGUGGCCGACCACUGGGCAUGAGAAUGGAUAAACAUGGCUUCCUAAUAGUUGCUGAUGCAUAUUUUGGUUUGUUUCAAGUGAAUGUUGUCACAGGUGAUUAUACUACAUUAUAUUCAUCAAGCACCCCUGUGAAUGGGAAGACCCCAAAGUUUUUGAAUGAUUUAGAUAUUGAUGAUGAUGGGAAAAUAUAUUUUACUGAUACAAGCACAAAGUGGACUAGGAAUAAUUUCCCAAUGGUGUUCUUGGAAGGCAUUCCAGAUGGACGUUUAUUGAUGUAUGACCCUGUGACUAAGGAAACAAUACAACUGUUUGAAGGCCUACUGUUUGCCAAUGGAGUUCAACUCACUAGAGACAAAACUGCUGUACUUGUCGCUGAAACUUCAAAAUUCAGAAUCAUGAAAUUUGAUUUGGCAACUAAAAACUUGUCAGUGUGGAGCGAUCGGCUACCUGGAGCGCCAGACAAUAUCCGCUACUGUAAAACUAGUGGGACUUACUGGGUAGGGCUGGCGUUGAUCACUCAACAAGGCAAACCCUCAUUCACACACUUCCUUGCUAACCGUCCAUGGGUCAGAGGAGUCAUUGCAAAGGUCUUCACUAUAAAUGUCUUUUUGACACUCAAAGAUUUUUUUGCUAAGACUGAUGCUAAAGCCAUGGCAUUAGAGUUGAAUAGCGAGGGUACUAUUAUCCGCAGUCUCCAGGACAAAAAUGGGGUUGUAAUCAAAGGUGUUAGUGAAGUGGAGCAUGCUGAUGGAGUUAUGUACUUUGGCUCAUUUAAUGCUAACUACGUUGGACGCUUGUAUCGAAAAAGAAUUCCUGGAUUGUAACAAUUUAUUUUCACAUGUUAUAAACAAGCAUCUAAUGGUUAUAACAUGACAUGUUAUAAGCUAGCUAUGCAAAAAAAAAAAAAUUGUAUUCAAUCUUUUAGAGAGUGAAGUUUCAUUCCAGUGUGUUUCCCAAGGUGUGAUGAUGAUGUCUAUACAUUGUAUAUUGUCAUUUAUGCAUAAUGUGAAAAAGUUCUUGAUGGAAUAAUUGUGAAAGGGGUUUCCUUUGUUUUAUAUACUGUCACAUUUUAAAAAUCUAAUUACCAAAUUUUACUUUUCUCCCUUUUUAACACUAAUAAUUUUAAUUUUUAGUACAGUUUGUUAUAUUUCCAGGGCUGUUUAUGUUGAGUUGUUUAUUUGAUAACAAUGACAACAGUAAAAAAAAUUUUUGUCCUAUCUAUAAUGUGCAUUAUACUAUUUUCAUAAUAUGCAUACAAAUAAACACUGAGGGUAAGCUGUAAUUCAAAUUGUUUUGUCUGAUGUCCAAAAUCAUCCCUUUACCACUCCACCAGUGUCUCACAUAUAUCAAUACUGAGAACAUCCAUGUUGGUAUCAUUAGUUACAUAGAGUUGACCAGUGUCUCACAUAUAUCAAGACUGAGAACAUCCAUGUUGGUAUCAUUAGUUGCAUAGAGUUGACCAGUGUCUCACAUAUAUCAAGACUGAGAACAUCCAUGUUGGUAUCAUUAGUUGCAUAGAGUUGACAAUAUUUUCAUUUGUGCCUCCUAUUUGUUGUUAGCUGCAAAUGGUUUCUUGUUGCUUUUUCACCUGCACAGUUUCAUUUUAUGUUGAGCUAAUUGACUAUUUGAAUGAUUAAAUUGUAAAUGUUCAUUAAAAGCAAUGUUUCUGACAACAGAAUUUACUAAUAAAAUUAAAAAAUAAAUAUUUUCUUGGUCAUUUUCAUGUACAUUUAAAGAAAUUAACACAAUUUAUAAAAAAAAAAUGUCACUAUUAAUUUAACAAAACAAUUUAUUCCAUGUGCAAGAUUUCAUAGUAAUUGUCAUCUGUUUAAUCCAGAGUAAAAUAACAGUCAUAGUUGCAUUAAACAAAUAGACCUCUCCUGUUUAAAGUAGUAGUAGCUCUGUCUUGUACAGUGAUAACAAAACAUGUUCCCGGUGAAAGUGAGUGCAGACAUUGCAUACAUGUCAUAGAAGUAACACAAAGCUGUGUGAGAAGUCUUUAAGAUUUUUAAAUGAUAUAUUGCAGCUGGAACCAAGUUGAAGCCUUGAUCAUGAGAAUCUAUACAUCUUGAACUCAGACAUAAAAAGAGAAUAUUCACACAUUUUCAGCCAUCAGAACAUUUUUUUUUGAAGAUACAAAAUUAGUAUAAUUACUUAUGCGAUAUAUAUAUAUAUAUAUUGAAUGUACUCUCAGAUGAUAAGAAAUAUUGGUUAAAAACAAAUGUUUAAUAAAAACAACAAACCCAAUUGUGAACAUAUUUAUUUAACUUCAAUUUAAAAUGUUCUGUACACAGUCAUAAAAUGAAUAUAGAAAUUGAAAACCUUUUACCUGUAUUAUUUUGGUCAUUGCAAUAUAACCAAGGGCUGUCAAUACACAGAGUUAUUUAUUUAGAAGUUUUCCCCCUUGUCUAUUUGUCAGUCCUUGUCUUUGUAGAAUGGGGGGGGGGGGGGGGGGGA